GGCGUGCUUUAACUGCUGAAAAAAGCUCCAUCUUCUUUCUCUCUCUUCUGAGACACUCUGUAAAUAUACAGUGUGCCCUCUUUCUCUCUCCUCCCUAGUCUUCUUCUCUUAUUUUCCCUGCACAUUUUCUCUAUCUUCUUUCUCUCUCUACAUUUUCUCUACAAAACGUGUGUAAAUAAAUUUUUAGGAGGGAAAAUUUUUACUUUUGUUUUUACUACAUCACCCAGAGAAAUUUACUAUAAAGUAUAAGUACAGAGAAGAAAAAAAGAGCAAAAAAAAAUAAAAUUUGUAUGAUCUUGAGAUUUGGGUCAGAAGAAAAAAUUUCCAAAGUUCUGAAAUUUCAGAGGAGAGAGAAAGAUAAGAAGUAAUGGUAAAGGCGGCUAAGAGUUAAAUACGUGGUGAUGUGGUCUGAAAAUGAGAUGGGUUUUGAGGGGACAUGUUAUUUAUUACACCCAUAUGUAAAAAAGUUGGGAAAUUUAAUUGAUUUGGUUGGUAUUUUUUGGUUUGGAUAAAGAGAAAUUGAAUUGAGCUGGGUUUUUGCUGUUUCUCAUUAAGUUGUGUUUGGAGAGAGAAAAACAGGGGAAAAAAGCAGGGGAUUUGCUUGUUGGUGAGGGUUUUUGAGAGAAAAAAGUUAUUGGGUUUGUUUGUUUAAGGGAGAAAUUUUGUGGGUUUUCUUUGUUUUUUGAGAAUAUUCAAGAUUUUUUGUGGGAAAAUUUGUCCAUUUAAUUUUAAGAAAGAGCAGUUUAUUAUUCUUUGAGUGAAGAAGAUGAAGUUCAUGAAACUGGGUUCAAAGCCUGAUACUUUUCAAUCUGACGGUAGCUGUAUCAGAUAUGUCUCCUCUGAUCUUGCCACUGAUGUUGCUGUAAAUAUCGGUGAAGUGAAGUUCUAUCUUCACAAGUUUCCUCUACUUUCAAAGAGCAGCCGCCUCCAAAAGCUUAUAGUGAAAGCUGAUGAAGAAAAAAGCGAUGAAGUUGAUUUGGCUGAUUUUCCUGGCGGACCAAAAGCUUUUGAUAUUUGUGCCAAAUUCUGCUAUGGGAUGACUGUUACUCUCAAUGCUUAUAAUGUCGUCGCUGCACGUUGUGCUGCGGAGUACCUUGGGAUGACUGAGGAUGUAGAUCGAGGAAAUCUUGUAUAUAAGAUUGAGGUUUUCCUGAAUUCCAGUAUAUUCCGCACUUGGAAAGAUUCAAUCAUCGUCCUUCAAACUGCUAAAUCUCUAUUGCCAUGGUCUGAAGAUCUGAAGAUUGUGGGGAGAUGCAUAGACUCAAUUGCAUCCAAGACCUCGGUAGACCCUACAAAAAUCACUUGGUCUUACACACACAACAGAAAAUUGGCUAUGCAAGACAGGAUCAUUGAGCAUGAUACUAUGGAAUCAGUUCCCAAAGAUUGGUGGGUUGAAGAUAUAUGUGAAUUAGAUGUCAACAUGUACAAGCGAGUUAUGAUUGCUAUAAAGUCAAAGGGAAGAAUGGAUAGUUCUGUGAUUGGGGAGUCUCUGAAGAUCUAUGCUAUCAGAUGGCUGCCAGAUUCUAUUGAUGCUCUGCUCUCUGAUGAUCAUAUCCAACGAAAUAAAUCCUUGGUCGAAACAAUUGUAUGCUUGUUACCACCUGAUAGAUCGAUGGGUUGUUCUUGUAGCUUCUUGCUUAAGCUAUUAAAAAUUGCAGUUCUAGUUGAAGCAGAUGAUUCAGUCAGGGAAGACUUGGUGAGGAAAAUUAGUAUGAAGCUUGAUCAGGCAUCAGUGAAGGACCUUUUAAUCCCAGCAAGGCCUCCCCAAACUACUGUUUAUGAUGUUGAGCUGGUUUUGUCCAUUGUGAAAAGAUUCGUGCUGCAGGAAAAAAGCUGUUGGGAUUUAAACAUUUAUGCAAAUAACGAAAAGGGUGAACUAGAGUUAGGUCUAAACCAUGGGUCUUGGUUGAAUAUUGGUGGACUGGUUGAUGCAUAUCUCACAGAAAUUGCUUCUGAUCCAAAUGUGUCCCCGUCGAGCUUCAUUGAGUUGUCGAGAUUGAUACCCGAGUCAGCAAGACCAAUCCACGAUGGAUUGUACCGGGCUGUUGAUAUGUACUUGAAGGAUCAUCCGGACUUGACGAAAGCAGAAAAAAAGCAAAUAUGUGGGCUGAUGGAUGUUAAAAAGUUUACUAUGGAUGCAUCAAUGCACGCAGCACAAAACGAGCGGCUUCCACUCCGACUUGUGGUCCAAGUUCUGUAUUUUGAGCAGAUGAGGUCAGCUAGCACAACUCAAACCCUUAAUAGAACUUCCAACAACACUUCAUCUUCCACACCCAAUGAAGAGGAAGAAUGGGAUCAAAGAACCUUAGAAAGCUGCAAAUCACUGAGGAAACAGAUAGACAAAGUGAAGAUUGAGGACAAUGAGGAGGUUCAGAAAAACGGCAAAAUCAUGGCUAAGAAAAACAACAGUAAAAACAGUCGGAGUGGAGCCCAGUUGCUUCCUUCUCGAUCAAGGAGGAUAUUCGAUAAGCUGUGGGGUUUAGGAAAGGGGAACGGCGAGAGCAAGAGCUCUGAAACGAGUGGGAGUUCACAGUCACCAACUACUUCAAUAGUUCCGGGUGAUACUAAGUCUUCUGGUUCGAGUUCGAGACACAGGAGGCAUUCUAUCUCUUAGAACCUGAUGUGCUAAGGAGAUCUGAUGAAGUUUAAAGUGUAAAAAGUUGUAGUAGGAUUAACUUUUUCUUUUUCUGCUUAGUUAAUGGGUGAUAUGUUUUAAAAAAAAUCAGGGGAUUAAGGUGAUAUAACUAACAAAAAGGCCCUCUCUAAGUGCAAAAAAUGUAAUCAGUUCCUUUUGUAAGUGUCUUUUAUGAUGCCACCAACUUGGGCCUUAAUUUAUUGUUGUCUGAAUUAA